AAUAAAGCAAAGUCAAAAAACACGCAGAACGUGUUGAACAACAAAUUAAAAACUUUAACGCCGCCGCUGACGUCGCAGCUGAGACGACAGCAAAAGCAGCAGCAGCAGCAGCAGAGGGGCAGCGACAAAGGCAGAGAUCGACAGCAACUGCGACUGCGACACAUCCACAGACAUAAAAGAUGGGCUGUGGACAAAGUAAAAUUCAUCUAUAUCCAAGGAAAUCGAAGAGUAAAGCAAAUGGCAAGAAAGGAGGACAUGCCGAUUCAGAUGCCGAAACGGAUGAGGACGAAGGCCACAUUGAGGACGCUGAGAAGGCCCAACAACGGGAGCGGGAGAAGCACGACGAGAGCGAGGAACAAAGCAAUAAAGAGAUACAGGACAGUGAGGAGGAUGUUGCCGUGUCGUUGUUGCGUGCCAAGAAUCUAUCGCUGUUGCAGAGCCAAGAAAUAUCGUCAAGCCAACAGAAUUUCUUUCGCAUGCUGGACAAAAAAAUCGAUGAGGGUCCCGACUAUGACUCGGCGAGCGAAACCGAAAUUGCCUUGGAGGAGGCACGACUGAAUGCGUUGGUGCAACAUUGGGAGUCCGCCAGUCUGACCGCAUCGAUAUGCUCCUCAGCGAGUCGUUCCCUGCAAACGACCCCCAUACGCCAAGUACAAGUACCGAUCAAGCAGCUGAAUCCAACGUCACGUCCCGGCGCCCACUUGCUGCAGCCCUCGGUGGCGGCGGCGGCCCAACUGCUGAGCACCUCCGUGACGGGUGGCACAACGGAUUAUCUACCUCAGCACGUCUUGGCGGGGCGACAGGCGCAACAGCAACAACAGCAGCAACAACAGCAACAACAGCAGCAACAACAACUACAGCAGCACCAACUCAUGCAGUCCACCGGUAUGCUGUUGACGCACAUGUCCCCCCAACUAACCACCGUCAAUACGUCCAAUGCAGCUGCUGCUCAGCUGGCGCAGCUGCAACAGCAACAGCAACAACAACAGCAGGCACUCUACCAGCAACAGCAGCAGCAACAACAGCAGCUGGCCGCGUAUGGCACCCACCUGCUGGCACUGCCUGCUGGUUCGAGCGGUGCCACCUCCUUGCUGGGCGCCGGCAAGCCUCAAAACGUCAGUCCCAAGCGCCUCCUAAUGACGUCAACGGGAGCCGUUUACAGCACAACGGCGUCAGUCAGUUCCGUGCAGCCGCAGCCACAGUUGCAGCCGCAGUUGCAGCCAACGCCACAAUAUAUAGCAACCAACAUGAUGCAGCCCGGAGCGACGGGCUUCAUCAAUGGCGCCAUGCAGAUGGCCGCCUACUACGGUCCCAGCACUGCCCCACAGACAGCCCAAGCACCACUUCCUAACAUCACACAUCAACAACAACAACAACAGCAGCAACAGCAGCAACAGCAGCAGCAUCAACAACAACAACAACAACUCGAACACGACACAUACGACCCACAAACCGCUCCACACAGCCAAAGUCAACAACAGCAGCAGCCAGGUGUCUACUACGGCGAGGUCAUGCAUGGCGUGCAGGCCGCGCCGCCCACGGAAUAUAAAUUUCCGCCGGCCAUAAGCGUACAACGCCUGGCGCCGCAAGUGCAGCGGCAGCUGCGGGAGACGCAGGAACUCAUAAAAGACUCGUGUCCGCAGCUAUAUGCAGCGGGCUAUGGCAGCCCAGGACCACCGAUACGCAACCCCAGCAGAAAUCCAACUAGAACUAGACCCACCCUGGAGACGCAGUUCUCGCAGGAACUCUCGUGAUAUCUAUAUAUGUAAAGCACACAAAUCCGUUUCAAACCAACAAAUUGCACGAUUGUCACAAAAGCUCUUCAAAAGUACCCCCCAGAUGGUAACAACAGAGCAAGUGUUGUGCCUAUGAACAAAAAUGAUCGAAAAACUCAAUUAAGUCCGAUUCAUCACCUCAUCAUACCUCAUAGAUACUAUAACUAUUUGGUCGUAAAACUUUGCUAAUAGCUUUCGCGCGGAUUCAAAUUCCUUUUCAAUUUUCUAUAAAAAGGUUCUAUAAAAGGUUGAUCUAAUUUUUA